UUCAUCCAUCUCAUCUGCCGCACAAGGCGACGACCUCCUGACGCUGUCCCUCACUCCCACACGCCUCGCCUGCUCGCCACUCGCUCCCUCUUCGCCUCGCCGGCGUCUGGGAAGGGCCACCGCCACCGCCACCGCCACCGGACACCAUGUCCGCCGACCCGCCAAACCAGCCGGAGCAGAACGGCGACGGGUACGCGUACCUGUCGGGGCUGGGCAACAGCUUCGCCUCGGAGGCCGUCCCGGGGGCGCUACCCGCCAACGGCCACAACAGCCCGCUGCUCUGCCCGCUGGGGCUCUACGCCGAGCAGCUCUCCGGCACCUCCUUCACCACCCCGCGCCACCGCAACCUACGAACGUGGAUGUACCGGAUCAAGCCGUCGGUGACCCACGACCCCUUCCACCCGCGGACCCCGCCCAACCCGCGCCUCCUCGCCGACUUCCACGACCCGAACGCCGCCGUCGCCACGCCCACCCAGCUCCGAUGGCGGCCCGCCGACCUGCCGCCCCGCGAUGCAGAUGCGGACCUCGACUUCGUCGACGGCCUCUACACCGUCUGCGGCGCCGGCAGCUCCUUCCUCCGCCACGGAUUCGCAGUCCACAUGUACGCCGCCAACAAGUCAAUGGACGGGUGCGCCUUCUGCAACGCCGACGGCGACUUCCUCAUCGUGCCACAGCAAGGGAAGUUGUUGAUCACAACCGAAUGCGGAAAGAUGCUGGUGCCGCCCGGCGAGAUCGUCGUCAUUCCUCAGGGCUUCCGCUUCGCCGUCGACUUGCCUGACGGGCCUUCGCGCGGCUACGUUUCAGAGAUCUUCGGCGCCCAUUUCCAGCUCCCUGAUCUCGGCCCAAUUGGUGCUAAUGGUUUGGCUUCAGCAAGGGAUUUCCUCUCCCCCACGGCAUGGUUCGAGCAAGCCCACCGCCCUGGAUACGUCAUAGUGCAGAAGUAUGGUGGUGAGCUUUUUACAGCUACGCAGGAUUUCUCGCCGUUUAACGUGGUCGCCUGGCAUGGAAACUAUGUCCCUUACAAGUACGAUCUGAGCAAGUUUUGUCCGUUUAACACUGUCCUGUUCGAUCACGCUGAUCCCUCAGUAAACACAGUGCUUACUGCUCCAACUGACAAGCCUGGCGUGGCACUGCUUGAUUUCGUGAUAUUCCCGCCACGAUGGCUGGUGGCCGAGAACACGUUCCGACCUCCGUACUACCACCGCAACUGCAUGAGCGAGUUCAUGGGGCUGAUCUACGGCGUGUAUGAGGCUAAAGCCGAUGGUUUCCUCCCAGGAGGCGCGAGCCUGCACAGCUGCAUGACGCCGCACGGGCCAGACACCAAGACGUACGAGGCGACCAUCAGCAAGCUUGGCGGACCGGACGCCAACACGCCGACGAGGCUGAGUGGCACGCUGGCAUUCAUGUUCGAGUCGGCUCUGAUCCCGCGCGUGUGCCGCUGGGCCCUGGAGUCGCCGUCCCGGGACCUCGACUACUACCAGUGCUGGAUCGGGCUCAAAUCCCACUUCUCACACAGCGGCGAUGACGGUGAUGGAGCGGCGACAACCGGUGGCGACGACAAGGAUGGCGAGAAGUAGCUCUGUUUCCGCAGGUAGGAAGUGAAAUUCCUAGGCCAUGUAUAUGUAUGUAUACUACAGUACUAGUUGUUACUUGUGUAAAGGGAUAAAGCAAACAGUAAUCAAUCCAGUAAGCAGAAUGUGCAGCAUGCAUGUACAAUCAAUCACCAUCCUAUCCGUUCCCAUCACCAUGCCAUGUGUAUAAUAAUAAUGUCAUUAGCAAGCAAAAACAUGUACAUUGAUGGUGAUGAGCAGUUGGUUCUCUUUUGUGGUUAGCAGCCUAUUUAUUGGCUGAUUGUACCCUCACCACUUUUGUUGAAUAAAGCUCCCCUGGUUAAUUCUGUAAGGAAGAGGAUGCAACUAUAACUGUAUUGAAAGAGGAUCCUGGUUAA